AUGAAAAUAUUCCACCUUAAAAUGUUAUUAUUUUCCUUUAUUUUUAAUACAUUUUUAUUAUCACAAAAUGUAAAUUACCGAAAUAACCAUUAUAAAUUUAUCCCCAUACCAAAUAACAUACAAAGGACAGCGACCAAAUCAAGAGUGUUAGCAGAAAUGGAGAGACCAAACAAUCCUCAUUAUCAUAAUGACCCAGAACUCAAAGAAAUAAUUGACAAAUUGAACGAAGAAGCGAUCAAAAAAUAUCAACAAACUUAUGAUCCAUAUGAACAAUUACAAGAACUGGUAGAAAAAAAAUGAACAAAAACUAUGAGUGGACACGUUGCAGAACCUAUGUCAACCAUAGAACAUGAAUUAUUGAAAACAUACGAAGAAAUGUUUGGGGAACAAAAUCCUAUUAUAUUAAACCCUGGUAUAAACACCAAGCAAAAUGAUAAAUCUUGUGAAUGUCCAAAUAAGAAAAAUUCAUCAGCCAACUCAUUUUUAUCGAACAAAGUACACGAUAAUUAUUUGAAUAAUUUAAAAAACAGGUUCUAUUGGAGGUGCUGCUGUGUGUGGACUUCAACUAUAAUUACAGGAAGGUGUGGUGUUACUGCUGGUGUUACUGCUGGUGUUACUGCUGGUGUUACUGCAGCUAAAACCACAAUGACAAGUUAUUAUACUCCAACUUUAGCUGCUAAAUUGACAGAAGUUCUUGUUGGUAUAAAAGUAUUUUUUGAUAAUUUAGUUACAAGUGCUUUUGUUUCUGUUGGUUCUACAGGUACUGUUGCAAACACUGCAUUGUCAGGUAUUACAAGUGCUGCAAGUGGUGCUUUUUUCCCUUAUGGUGUGGAAAUUGUUGGGCUUAUUGCUGUAACGGUUAUAGUGAUAUUUUUAUAUAUAUUGUUACGCAAAAGAAGAAAAAAUUCUUCGAAACAUGAAUGCAAGAAACAUUUAUGUACAUAA